UGUAUUUUUCAGUGUCAAGCCGAUAUCUAUAUUAUUAAUUAUAUAGUUUCCACAUUAAAGUAAUAAAUAAUUUUAUAAACAUAAAAUAAAAAUGGAUACACUUGCUAGUUUUAAUGAAGAAGAUGAAACAAUUCAGCGCUAUGAAUCUAAUGUUGCAUUUAUAGUUGAUGAGAUAACAUUUGGAAAAGGCACCCUGUAUGUUGCUGAAAGUAAACUAUACUGGAAGAAUGAUGCUACUAAUCAAGUAGUUAGUAUUGAUUACAAAUCUAUGUCUGUAUUUGGUACAUGUAAUCAUCCAGUAGUACAUGAAAAACCUUGUUUGCAAAUAAUAGUUGAUUUCACUUAUAAACCUUCUGAUAAUAUAAAUCCUGUUAAUGGACAAAUUUUAAAUGGUGAAAAUCAUAAUAAUGAAGACAAUGAUGAUUCUGGAGAAGAUGAUGACGAUGAGGAAGAAGAAGAAAUGAAAUCUAAAAUCAAACUAGUACCUGAUAACCCAGAAUGUUUGAAUGAAAUAUAUGAAGCAUUUACACGUGUCCAGUCAUUACAUAAUAGUAAUGAUGCAGAUAGUGAAGAAGAAGAUGAAUUUUAUGAAAAUGAAGAAUUUGAAGACUAUGAUGAAGAUAAUGCUGAACAAUUGAGGAAUUGAAAUUUUCUAAACUAACAUUUUAUGCAUUUAUUUUUUUUUUAUAUUCUAUCAGGCUCUAUAUUUU